AUGUCUUCCAACACAAACACCACCUCCACCCCUUCUACCUCCACCACCCAGUCCUACCUCGACUCCGCCAUCGGCACCGUCCAGAGCGCCAUCGGCAGUCUCACCGGCAGCACUGCCGACAAGACGGCCGGCGACGCGCGUCAGACCCAGGCCGACAGCGAGCACGCCGCCUCGCACGCUGCCGUCAAGGGUCCCGGCUUCACGGCCACGUCGUCGGGUGCGGUCGCGCGCGAUGACCCGGACCGCGCCACCGGCAGCUGGAACCAGACGAUCGGGUCGGCCAAGGAGGCUGUCGGCGGCCUCGUCGGAUCGCAGAACCUCAAGAACAGCGGCCGCGAACAGAACCUGGCCGGCCAGCAGCAGGAAGCCCGCGGCCAGGCCAGCGAUCUCUUCGGCGGCGCCGCGGAUCGCGUCAAGGGCUCCGUUGGCGAUACCCUCGCCGGCCUCUCCGGUAACGACCGCGCCCAGGCUGAAUUCCAGAAACAGCGCGAACAGGGAAAGGCCCAGCAGCGCGGCGCCGAGCACGACAUCCAGAAGGCUUCGCAGUAG